CGUCAUGUCCCAGCGCUUGUGAGCCGAGUGUUUUUCUCGUUAACAAUAUUUUUAACACGAUAAUAAAAUAAAAAAUACCGCGAUUAAGUACGUUUUUAUUGGGACAAUGUGCUCGUCGUCAACGUUCGCGCGGCCGUGUGUUGUUUAAAGUGUGUGUCGAUGGGAUUAGGCCGAUAGGCGCCAUGAAACCGUACGACAAAUCCAACUCGUUUAUGCGAAGGGUCACCAAACGUGUGUCCGAACUCAUACCCGGCACGACGUGGAUGAACAAACUUAUGAGUGAUCCACUCUCCGACAAUGACCCGUCACCGAGUGAAACCGACGAUCAACCGCCGGUCAAAAAACUAUGUACGCCGAAUAAUACCUUUAUGAAGUAUACCAACCGAUCGGGUUGUAGUCCGAGUGUAUCGUUAAUUACUCCGGACAAUCAUAGGAACUCAACAACUGUCAAUGUUCAAAUUCCUGAAAUGUCCGCUGUGACGUGUAUACCGAGUACGAGCAGGCAGUGUUCGUCAUUAGUGAACCAGUCCAGUCCUUCUAUUCUGAGAGACGACACUGAUAGUAGAGGUACCUUAAAAAGAAAGGUCGAUGAAGCAGAAUUAUCAAAUAUCAACAGACAAUCGUCAAAAGGCAUGGCUUUUAACUUUGCUUCUUCAACUCCUGCAGUGGUAUCAACUAGCAAAUCGCUAAAUCCUACACUCAACCUUAAAAAAUCAUAUAAUUUAAACCGAACAUCUCUGAAUAGCGAUUUUUCUACGCCAACAAAACUAAAUAGUAAAUCAAAUGAUUCCAGUUCUGCACUAAAGUUUGGAGACACAUCCAAACAUGCAAUGUCAUCUCCAUCAUUUCGAUGGGACACGUUUGUAAACUACGGAGAGUUAUCAGAGCGUCAGAAAUUGUUUGCCCAGAAAUCUCCUUUGAAUUGUUCUCAAGUCAUGUAUGGAGGAGGUUCUGCACGUUCAAACUUAUCUAAAAUACUCGGUAACACUCCGCCGAUUCAUCGAAAAACGGUUAUACCAAUAUCUCCUGCCACUAACAACGAGAUUAGAACCACGUCAUCGAUUCUAUUACAACAUAUUUCUACCAAGAAUAAGGCCAUUGAAGAAAACAAAUUUAUUAUUCAACCUAAAGUAAAUAUAAGACAUAAAGCAGAACAAAAAUCAAUCCCGAUUCGAGUAGAAACGACUGUGCGAAUUGUUGAUACACCUGAAAAGACUGAGUGUAGUCAGAAUAGUGUUCAGCAACAAAGUACUGGACAUGAUAUGACCCGAAAACUAAGAGCUAACAUUUUGAAGAAAAGUAGAGGUACCAACUUAGACGAACUUGAAAUGCCAACCAAAGUUGAUUUGCCCAACAUUUCUUUACCAGUGUCCGCAUUACCAAUUAUCAACUUAGCUACUAACAAUGAUGUCGAUAAUGAAUUUUCAUUCAACCAACCACUAACAAUAGAACAAUUUAGUAAACAAGUUGUUGAAAAAACAUCAAAAAGAAAACACAAAAGCUUAGAAAUCACAGCCAAUAAAAAGCCUGAUAUUCAUAUAAAUACCGACCUUGGUAAUAAUACCAAACAAAGUUUCAAAGCUUUUAGUCCUCCAGCUAAAAAACCGUCAACUCAACAAGUAGUUGCUUCAAAAGUCGUUGAUAAUUCUACUAAGAAAGUAGAUACUGUUGCUAAUGUCAUCAAAGUGAACAGUUCAUUCGAACCAUUAACAUUUAAUGAUGUUUUAAGGAAUCCUUCACACUCAAGCUCAAAUUUUCAAUUGGGAACUUCAAAUGGUUUAGUUUUUGGAAAUACUUCAACCGUACAGGAAUCUGAUAAGAAAAAAGAAGCAACCACAUUAGUGAAGACAAGCGAAAACAAAAAGUGGUCGUGUGACACAUGUUGGGUUUCCAACGACAGUGUAAAUAAUGCUUGUGUAGCUUGUCAAACGCCAAAAGCUGGUGGCGCUGUUCAAAAACCAUUACAAGUGAACAAGCCGAGCACUUGGACAUGUGAAACUUGUUGGGUCCCCAACAAAAGCGAAAACGACGCGUGUGUCGCAUGUCAAACGUCAAAACCAGGAGUUACCAAAAAGAUUGUACAAGAAUCGGCUACUUGGAAAUGUGAUGCCUGUUGGGUUGUCAACAAGAGCGAUUGUACCUCAUGUGUUUCCUGUGGAACAUCAAAACCAGGAUCUAAACCAAAACCAACGGCUCAAUUCAAUUUCGGACUGAAUAAUAAUACUUCUGAUAAGUCUAGUAGUAGUAGUAGCAAUCAGUUCAAAUUCGGGUUUGACAGUAGCAAAAACGAUCAGCCUGCCGCCCAGUUAAAGUUGGUGCCGGACAAUAGUAAAAACGACCAACCUGCCGCCGCCGCUCAGUUCAAGUUUGGGGCGGACAAUAGUAAAACUGGUCAACCUGCCACUCAGUUCAAGUUUGAUGCAACGGAGAAUGGAGAGAAACCAACAAGUGGAUUUAAAUUUGGUGUAAAUUCCACGACCCCCGAUAGUUCGUCUUUUGGAGCGUUCAAAUUUGGGACUACAACACCGUCUGUGAAUAAUACCAAUUGUGUGCCUGACAACAAAACCACCGCCGCCGACCCUUCUCCGAGUAGUACAUUUACAUUCGGCCUUAAUAAUAAGUUAGAUCAACCUGAAAAUAAGUUGAAUUUUGGAUUUAAAAAUCAGCAGACUCCUAGCUUGCCAAUUACACAAUUUAAAUUUGGUCCCGGAAGUAUUGAAUCCGACAAACUUAAUACGCACGAAAAAGUGGCUUCUGAAAAUAGUAAUGCUGAGAAAUGUACUAAUGAAUCGAUGAAAUUGACCAACAACAAAAGUGAUUUUUCUACAAAGACCGAAGACACGAAAAUUAACAUCAACAAUCUGUCAAAAUCCAAAGAAGAAAAAAGUCAAUGUGAAAAAGCGCCUCAGUUCACUUUUGGAAGCACGAAUACAAAUUGUAUCAAUUCAAUCAAUAAUUCAGUCGCACAGUUUGGGGAACACAAAAAAGAAGAAUCUAAUGGAACAUUUACUUGGAACAAAAAUAAUGAUAUAACCGAAUCUAAACAAAUUGAUUUUGGAAAUUCAGCUACCAACAAACAGUCGUCUCCGUCGAUUAAUAUGAAGAAAUCGCAAAUGGUUAACGGUCAUUCGCAACCCAAAGAAAUAGCGAGUGAAGACAAUUCGGGUUUCAUCAAAUCGCCUCAGCUAUUCAGUUUUGGAUCUAUAGCUAAGCAAGAACAAACUGCACCCGGUGAACAAAAGAAGCAAUCAUUCUCUUUUGGUUCAUCUAACAGUGAUAAUUUUAAUUCACCAAACUUAAAUACUAAUAAGUUUUCUGUUCCUCUAUUUGGUGCCAGUAACCAAAGUAAUACUGUGUUCGGUAAUGCGACCACUACGUCAGCUGCCAUAGCACCGGUUAUGCCUCCAAUUUCAGUGCCGAGUUUUAACUUUGGAUCUGUACCUCCGUCCAACAGUUUUUUUUCCAAGCCUGUGAACGAUAACAAUACACCGUUUACUCAAACACCGAACCCGUUGGCAUCGGCAACUAAUAACGUAUUCUCGUUUAGUGCACCGUCUCAACCAGUAUUCAGUUCUACGAACAAUUCCGAUGCGCUCGCAAAACCUGUUCAGUUGGACGACCAAAUGAAGACUUCAUCAAAUCUAUUUAGUCAGGCUAGUGCAAAGCCGGCUCUUAAGCUUGAUCCUAACGCACCAAUUUCGAUUAAUUUCACUGGCGGUGCAACCACUCAGUUCACUGCUCAACCGUCGGAAACUUCGGAGCCACCUACUAAGAGAAAAAUUUUGAAACCUGUCAGGAGGAUACGAUAAAAUCGGACCACACUACUACUUAAUUGCAUUACAAAUGAAUAAUAAUAUUUUUCGUCUUGUUGGAGUAUAAUAAUAUGAUUUAAAUUAGUAAACAGGUGAAUUAAACGAUUUGCUAUUUUAAAAGAAAAUUAAAAUUGGAUUGUAACUUUACAUUAAACAAAAAAAAACAAAAAUUAACAUUUUCGACGUUGCCGUCGAGAAGUAAAUAAUUGAUAGUUUAAUUUUUAAACUACAACUCUUGUUUUUUUUUUCAAAUUUAUUUUCUUUUUUUUAUUAUGUACAUUGAUAAGUCGUAAGAUAUUACACCGACCUAGUAGUGUCGUAAAUUGGGCUAAUGGGGGUCAUGUUCAAAAAACACUUGCAACUUGUUUUUAUAAUAUUUUUAUCAUAACCGUGGUAUCGAAAGUUGUAAAUUGUAUAUGUUUUAUAAAGUUAUUAUUUUAGUAGUUAUUUUUUUUUUUUUAAGUUUUUAGUUAUUAAGGAGUCUGACCCAAGGAAUUUCUUUUAAUAAUCAAUAGUUUCUCAAUUGAUCCUCUUCUACUUCUUAUUGCCCCGUAAAAUAAUUAUGUUUUAAAACAUUAUAUUUUACUUAUUACGAUUAUAAUUUUUUUUUUUUUUUUAAUUGUUGUAACAAUGUGUUAAAUACAUUUCUAGUAUUUAAAACGUAGCUAUACGUGGUUUUGUAUAUCUGUGAUAUUCUUGUGGGUCAGGCUAUGACGUUCUUCGAUUGGAUAUAAUCGAAAAUCCAGCAGGCUCACUCCUUUUUCAAAGAAAUGUAUUUUAUAACAAAAUACAUUUAUGUUAUGUUAAUUAAAACAAAAAAAGUAUAUUACUAAUUCUAGUUAAGAGACUUUUUUAUUUAAUUCAGACCGUUUAUUUCCAUUUAUAUUUUGUUCACGCCAAUAAGUAGUUAUUGUAUUGUUAUCAUUUUUUUUAUAUAUACAUUUGUUGUACAGUGUUGACAGAUUUAAUAAUAUUUUGUAAACACGUAAAUGGAAAUAAACUGAUUCGACUGUGAUUUAUGGAUAUUAUGUAUUGUUUUUGUCCACGUUAAAAAUGUUAGGAGUAAGGCUGCUACCAAGAGCUUCAUGUAGCCUAUUUUUACUUUAUUGUACAGUCUUUUUAAACUUUACGUAAGUCUACUUUUUAAGUGUUAAUAUAAAAAAACUAAUUUGUAACUAAAUUAAAUAUAUUUUGUUUCUUUAUGAAAUGUAAUUUAAUAUAAAAUAAAAAUAUAUGUUUUGUUUAUUUUUAAAAUGUA